GUGGAUCCAUGUGAAGCAUCUAGCCUCACAAAUCCGUGUCUCUUAGCAUAGUUGCUCGGUGGGCAUUGCUCGAGGCAGUGGGGCGCCUAUGGCUAGUAGGGAACUGUGUAACGUUCGAAAGCCCACUCUACAAGCAGCUUCCUCCUCAAUAUCAGUUGGUGAAGGAGUGAAAGAGUGCAUUUCAGCAGUCGGCCAGGAGCACAAAGGCUUCGAAGGACUCCUGCAGGGCGGCGAUGAUUCUGGAGACAAGACCGUUCGCCUGGAAGGACUUACGAUAUCGAUGACAUGCUUUGCAAAAAUUGCUGUUGGGUCUGAUAAGGAAACUAAAAGCUACGAGCUUAAGAUGACCAGCGACAGCGACACAGUCGGUGCGCCAUUACUGGAAUGGCAUCCUAAGCCAAACGAGGGACCAAUCAACCUUCUCAAAAUGACACGAGAAACCACACCGGCUGCCAUUCCUCAAAAUACACUGGCUAAUGCCCUAUGUGAUGUUAUGCAUCAUGUUAAGAGGAAGAUGACAGGAGUUGGAGUCCAAGAAACCAAAGAAAACAAAAAGGCCAAAAAGAGCAGCCCACAUCGAGCAGCAGGUAGCAAAUAACUGGAAGGCAUAGAAAGUUUCAAACUUUGUGUAUGUCCCCCUUUACAUUCCUGCUAAUAAGGAGUGCACGAUCUCGUGGCAAAGGCAGAAAACUCAUAAUGGCCAACUCCAUUUCUAAAUUAAAUUUGUAAUUUAAAACAAAGGGGAUGUAAAAUGAUGCUU